GAAAUCUGCGAAUGCAUUUCAAACAACCAAAGCCCAAGAUUUCCAAAUCCAUAAUCUUGAAAGGAGGGAUUUAUUUCCCCAGCAAUUUUGUCAAUCAGAGGCAUGAACCGAAUUCAUUUUUUGUUGUAGAUCAGAGUUCAUUAAAGUUUAUAAUUGGUAACCCAGGCCAGAUCAAGGCCCAAAUGCUGAGAACUCCACCGAUGGAUAUAUAUGAUUCACAACAAUAUUUUCUGUUUAGAUGGGAAUUUUUCAUAUGUUAAAAUGGAAAAUUCAUAUUUGAGCGAAGAAUCUUUUCUGCAACUCUAGUUAGCAAAAAAGAAGAAAAGGUGAAAGACAAUCAUAUAGAAUUGAAUCAAAAACUACAAAAAGGCGCUUAAACUGGCAUUGGAUAUACCCUGUUUUUGAAACUUAAAGGCUUUAGGGUUUUCAAAAUUAUAUAAAUUUAGGCAUUCUUAAUCUCCAAUUGUAUGAUCCCAGUUACCCCACUAACUGUUUCCGGUGUUUGAUGGAUCGUCUACGCCCAAGACAGAGGCCGGUCUUCUCUGGGUUUACAAAAGCUGAGGUUUCUCAGCAUGGCAACAUGUGAUAUUAUCAUUAGUAGUUGUCUUUAUGAAUGAAUAGUUUCAGAAAUCCCGGUCCAAAUUAUGGUGUCUAAAUUGCGGAACCAAAGAUUGAAAAAAUGGAGAAAUUGUUCAUGGAAUCAAGAGAGCUGCUGCAGAGUAAAGAGUUUUUUCAAAAACUUGCAAGAAAUUUUAGUUCAUCCUCAGGUCGUGCUGGUAAGCCCAUCGUUAAAUGGAACGAGUUUAGGAACUCUCCUAUUAUCCCUAGUCCAACAUUUGUUUCUCAGGUACAAAACUGGUUCACAACUAGGCAGCAAGAAAGCAAAGUGAAAGUUCCUUCAGUGACAAAUACAUACAAAGAUGAGUCCGGACUCCCUCAAACUUGCCUUCUAAAUGAUGGAGAUCAAAGUUGUCAGAUUCUUAAAGGUUUGGUUUCAAAAGUGGGAGAAAAAGUUUCGGAUCUAUCAAAACUCGAAUUUGAGGCAAAGUCCUCAACAGAUGGAGCAUGGUAUGAUGUUGAUAUGUUUCUGUCUCACCGAGUUACCAGUUCCGGUGAAACUGAAGUUCGUGUUAGAUUUGUCGGAUUUGGAGCUGAGGAGGAUGAAUGGGUUAACAUAAAAAAGGCAGUACGAGGACGAUCCAUCCCAUUUGAACAUUCCGAAUGUUGUAAGGUGAUGGUUGGAGGUCUUGUAUUAUGCUUGCAGGAGAGAAGAGACCAAUCAAUCUACUACGAUGCUCAUGUCUUGGAGAUAGAACGGAAAACUCAUGACAUAAGAGGUUGCAGGUGUCUGUUUUUUAUCCGAUAUGAUCACGACAACUCUGAGGAGACAGUUCGCUUGAGGAGACUUUGUCGAAUUCUAGGUUGAAAAUUCAGAUAGCUUGCACCAUGCUUGCUUUUGAAUCAUCCAGUUUCAAUUUUGCACUUGUAUGGGUGCGUGGUUUACUGAACAAAGGAAGGAAUCACAAGCACCUCUUUUCAAGUCAAAUUUGUUCUUAAUAAAAUAACAGUAGAUUUCAAGUCAAAAACACAAUAUUCCACAAAAGGAUCAUUCAGCUUAUUUGCCAGUCAUAACAGGAUUUUUUUUUUGUUUGUUUCUUUUUGUUGGAAAAUCAUUGUCAUCUUCUCAAGCAACUCAUUUCGCUUACCUCAA